GCUGAUGAUCUUAUUCUUGCAGCAAAUGGAAAGCCGUGCAGCGGUCUUCGCAGUUUAGAGUACGAGCUGCAUGCCUAACUAGACGCAUAACAGGAAAGUGAGGACUUAACCCAAGCAUUGGCGAGGACUACUCCCACUUUGGAAUAUUACUUUCACUUGGCACUUACCGGCGUGGUUUAUUUAUACACAUUUUCUCAUCGAAUUGAGUUUUCCAUUUGUCUUUGUCACUGACACGGCAGUCACCAUGCCGCUGAAUUCAAGUUUGGCGAGUAAGAACUACGAUUACGACUACGACUCCAUCCAGCCCUACUUCUACUUUGACAACGAAGAUGAGGAUUUUUACCAUCCGCAACGUAGCCAGCUUCAACCACCGGCUCCCAGCGAGGACAUCUGGAAGAAAUUUGAGCUGCUGCCCACUCCUCCACUGUCCCCCAGUCGGCGACCCUCUCUGUCCAGCAUAUUCCCUUCAACGGCAGACCAACUAGAGAUGGUCACCGAGUUUCUUGGGGACGACGUGGUCAACCAGAGUUUCAUUUGCGAUGCGGACUACUCCCAGUCCUUUCUCAAGUCUAUCAUUAUCCAGGACUGCAUGUGGAGCGGCUUCUCUGCUGCCGCUAAACUGGAGAAAGUGGUGUCAGAAAGACUUGCUUCACUUCAGGCUGCUAGGAAAGAGUCCUCACUUACUGACACAACGGGCAGCAGCACGAGUCGGUUGAAUGCCAGCUACUUGCAAGACCUUAAUACCUCCGCGUCGGAAUGCAUAGACCCGUCAGUAGUCUUUCCAUACCCACUGACCGAAACCUCCAAAUCCAGCACGAUAACGUCACCCCCGAUUUUGGCUUUAGACACACCACCAAACAGUGGUAGCAGCAGCAGCAGCGGUAGUGAUUCAGAAGAUGAGGAUGACGAUGAUGAGGAGGAGGAUGAGGAUGAGGAAGAUGAAGAAGAAAUCGAUGUUGUCACAGUGGAGAAGAGGCAGGCGGUGAGAAGGUCCGACUCGAACGUGCAGGGAGUCCCCAGCAGACCUCACCACAGCCCUCUCGUUUUGAAGAGGUGUCAUGUGCCCAUCCACCAGCACAACUACGCCGCCCACCCGUCCACGCGGAAUGAGCAGCCCGCUGUCAAAAGGCUAAAGCUGGAGAGCAGCGGCAGAGUGCUCAAGCAGAUCAGCAACAACCGAAAAUGCACCAGCCCCAGGACGUCCGACUCUGAGGAUAAUGACAAAAGGAGGACUCACAACGUGCUCGAGCGCCAGAGGAGGAACGAGCUCAAGUUGAGUUUCUUUGCUUUGCGGGAUGAGAUACCGGAGGUAGCGAACAAUGAGAAAGCCCCUAAAGUUGUCAUACUCAAGAAGGCCACAGAGUGCAUCUUCAGCAUGCAAACGGAUGAGCAGAGACUUGUUUCGCUGAAAGAACAGUUGAGGAGAAAGAGGGAACAUUUGAAACAAAGGCUCGAACAGCUGAGGGACUCUCAUGUAUAAGUUUACAUGAUGAAAGGACUCGUAUUUUUAAGCCUCUAGACAUUUCUUUUGCAAAUUUAAAGACUUGCUGUGUAUAGUUGUGAUGUUGCAUGCAAAUGCAAAAGUUUUGAAUUAAGAUGUCAACUACACAACCUUUGGAAUCCUGUCGAUUUCAGUGGUUACCUGCCUCAGUUAAACUUAAGGAAAGGUGGUGAAUUAGAUUUAUUUGUAUUUAAGUCAUUUAUUUUUAUUAAUAAAAUAUACAAAAGCAGGGCUUGUCAUUUGACGGCCUUAACUUAAAUAUUAAUUUGUUUUGUUUUUUACGUUUUUGUAAAUAAGGAUUUCAUAUUUGCUAAGAAAUGUAUUUUUGAAUGUCAGCAAUGUCCAGACAGGAAUUGGUUUCAUCAGAUAGUAUAUGGCUUGCCAUAAAUGUUCUUUUGAUUCUAAAUCAUAAAUGCAUUUCUUUAAGAACCUUGCCUUGGACUGUUUAUUUUUUUAACUGAACGUGGUCGCGCAAAGAUUUGAAUCUCAUUUUGAAGCUGGCACUUGAUCAUGCUGUCUGUAUGACCAGAAUAAAUGAAUACACAAAUAG